AUGGCCGCUCCGCCCGCCAGAGCUCGAGCUGAUUACGAUUUCCUCAUUAAGCUACUCCUGAUUGGCGACAGCGGUGUGGGCAAGAGUUGCCUUCUUCUGCGCUUCUCUGAUGGCUCUUUCACUACAAGUUUUAUCACCACUAUAGGUAUUGAUUUUAAGAUAAGAACCAUUGAGCUUGAUGGCAAGAGAAUUAAGCUUCAGAUUUGGGAUACAGCAGGCCAAGAGCGUUUCAGAACUAUCACGACUGCCUACUAUCGUGGAGCUAUGGGUAUUUUACUGGUUUAUGAUGUUACCGAUGAAUCGUCUUUCAACAACAUAAGAAAUUGGAUCCGCAACAUUGAACAACAUGCUUCUGAUAAUGUGAACAAGAUCUUGGUGGGAAACAAGGCAGACAUGGACGAAAGCAAACGGGCGGUGCCAACAGCAAAGGGACAAGCACUUGCCGAUGAGUACGGGAUCAAAUUCUUCGAGACUAGUGCAAAGACAAAUCUAAAUGUGGAGGAAGUUUUCUUCUCAAUAGCAAGGGACAUAAAGCAAAGGCUUGCAGAUACCGAUUCGAGGGCCGAGCCAACGACCAUUCGGAUCAAUCAAGGAGACCAGUCAGCUGGAGCUGGACAAGAAGGACCGAAAUCGGGUUGCUGCGGUUAA